AUGGCCUCUACAGCCAGGUUAAUUGCAGGUGGCGGUGUUAUCCUGUUUGCUGUAGCCAUGGGUAGUACUUAUACAAACCCAUCAUGGACUCGGCGUAAAUUCGAUACAAAAAAAAUCCCACCUUUUGUAUACAACUCGCUUCCUCUUCGAAAUGAGUGCAUUCAAAAUUUAAAAGUGCACGAGUCGCCAGAAAAUCCCUUGGAUCUGAUGGUAAUUGGUGGGGGUUCCAUUGGUACCGGCGUGGCACUGGACGCGGUUACCCGCGGUCUUUCCGUGGGUCUUGUAGAGAUGGGUGACUACGCCAGUGAGACAAGCAGUCGGAGCACAAAGCUUAUUCAUGGUGGCAUUCGCUACUUAGAAAAAGCAGUUUUCCAGUGUGAUUUAAUGCAGAUGAAUUUGGUAGCUGAGGCACUCAGUGAGCGCAGCAUUAUGAUUCACCAAGCGCCGCACCUUUGUCACGGACUUGCAACUCUCAUUCCGUGCUACUCUCCCUAUGAGGUUGUCACCUACUGGGGAGGCGCAAAGCUCUAUGAUUUCAUUGCAGCCCUCCACGGCGGCACAAUCGCUUACUCAGGAUAUCUAACGUCACACAAAACUAUGUCUCUCUGCCCUAAUUUGCGCAAGAUAAAUGACAAAAACAAGCCUCUUCUCGGAGCAGUGCGUUAUUAUGAUGGACAGAUGAAUGACGCCCGCUUGUGUUUCUCUGUGGCCAUGACCGCAGCAUUGUACGGCGCCGCAACUGUUAAUUACACUGAAGUAAAGAAAUCGGAAGCGGUAAGGGAUGUGUCCGGGAAGAAGCUUAUGCGUUUAACUGUGAAGGACUGCUUGAAUAAUGAGGAACUGACUAUAUAUUCCAAGUCCAUCAUUAAUUCUACUGGCCCAUUUGCCAGUGAGGUUGAAAAGCUUUCUGGAGGUGAGAGUACCGUUGAGAAUGUCCCUUCGUCGGGAGCGCACAUUGUCGUUGAGAAACGAUAUUGUCCCCGUAACCACGAGGCUAUGGUGUUUCCAUCUUCCGAUGGACGUGUCAUCUUCACGAUCCCAUGGCUUGGGGGCUGCCUCAUGGGAACCACUGAUGAGAAAACCGUUAUUACACAUGACCCGAAGCCUAAAAGAAAGGAGGUCGAUUUUAUUUUGAAAAAUGCAAGAUCAUUUUUUGGUGACAUCCCUCAGGAAGCUGUUUUAUCUACUUGGUCCGGCAUUCGGCCAUUGGCGAAGCUUAAUCGCCACGGGAAAGGGAAUGAGAGUACUGAAAAUAUGGUUCGCGAACACGUCAUAACAGUAAAUCCGGAUAAACUCACGGUGACUGUGACUGGGGGCAAAUGGACGACAUACCGCAAGAUUGCUGAGCAAACUGUUGACACCUUACGUGAUACCAUCAUGAAGGGGAAUAAAUUAUUUAAGCCAUGCUGUACUAGCAGUAUGGUGUUGUAUGGUUCUCGCAAUUUCAACAGUGUUCCCGCCGCGGCGGUGGAUGAUAUCCCUCAGGACGUUCAUAAGCAUUGGAGGGGAAAUUAUGGUGAUUCCUACAGCGAAAUAUCUGCUCUAGCACAUAAGGACAAUAACAAGUACCUCAAACGACUGGUGGAAGGAUGCCCAGUGAUUGAGGCUGAGGUACUGUGGUCGGCAGAAAAAGAGCACUGCGAGCACGUCGUGGACUUCAUAUCCAGGCGAACCCGAAUGUCAUUUGUGAAUGUAAAGACUGCUGAGGCGGCAAUUCCUCGCGUGUCCGAAUUGAUGGGACAGGCAAAGAAGUGGAGUCGUUCUAAAAUCAAUCAAGAAAAGGCUCAUGCUUAUGCAGCCAUGAACUCAUUUAAAUGUUAA